ACAUUAUACAGUCCUAGACAACACAGAACUAAGAAGUUUUUUUUUUCCCAACGGUUCUGCUAAAUCAGAUGAUACUGAAUAUGCCAAAAAAAACGACUUUGUCAAGUGGAAUCAAUGCCUUACACUGUGUUUGUGCAGUCUUACUUAUUUCGGGAUUACUACUGCACACUGUAGGAAUGGUUACUCCCAAUUGGAUUGUGGUCAAUAUGGAAAAGGAUUCGGAAAAUUCAGGAAUAAAUGACAGUCGCAAGCUCAAAACUUUAACCUUGGGUCUCUGGGAAGCCUGUUAUCACUUGUGUAUAGAAUAUCAUUGUUCGCCUAUUACAGAUGACUUUCAAAGACAUGACCAAGGAAUAUUGCAAGCACUAAAAGCAGCUCAAGUUUUAGCAACUCUAGGAAUGCUCAGUGGAUUAUGCUGCUUGGGAGAGAUGUGUAUUUAUUUAUUUAUAUUGCCAAAGCAACGAGUCAAAUCUUUUCUUAUUAAGAACAUCCUGUUAUGGACAAGCUUCAUUUCUUUGGUCUUUAUUGCAGUCAGUACAAGCUGUUACGCAGCGGGUGUCCACGUGAAGCUAGAUUUUUUUCACCAGAAUUCCAAAAUUGGUUACUCCAUUGUCCUCAGUGGUGUUGGAGGAGCCAUUAUUUUUCUUAGUGGUAUUCUGUUUCAUAUAUCUGACAAUGAUGCUGUUUAUAUCUAUGUGCAUGUGUAAGAACAGUCUUUAUGUAUAAAUGCAUUUAAAGUGCGU